GCGUUUGGCGAGACGGUUGUGAAUGCGUUGAGUGAAUAAAAAUAAUAUUUGAGUGCUUUCGAAUAAGUGCAAGUAAAAGCAAGCAAUUUAAAAAAUAUUAAAUAGUUCAUCUCACAAAGCAAAGAGUUGAGGAAUAGAGAGAGCAUCUAAAAAGGAGAUCGAGGGCGAUACUCGAGCAGCAUAAUGAAUGUAUACCUCAUCACUUUGCUGGCAUUCGCAUGCAAUUUAUUUGUUGUCGAGGGCUGCAAUCGUGUGCCACUUGGCGCCACCGCAGCCAAGUCUCCGGUUGAUGAUAACUUUGCAUUAAACAUUGCAAACAACGCACAGAGUUAUGUGCCCGGUCAGAAAUACAAUGUAUCGUUAAACGCGUAUUCGGGUUUGUCGUUUGUAAGCUUCAUGCUGGCGGUGGAGUUGGAGAAUGAGGAUGCCGAGGACGAUUCGAAUGGAAUGGGUACCUUUGAGAUUGUCGACUUGUCCGAGACGCGAUUCAGCCCGCGUUGUCCCAAUGUCGUCGAGAACACGAACACGAAUCUAAAGACGCAUGCGGAAGUCGUUUGGGUAGCACCAUCGAUGCCUGGACAGGGAUGUGUGCUGCUGCGUGCCACAGUGAUGCAGCAUCGCGACGUGUGGUUCAUGGACGACGGAUUGCUCACCAAGCGGAUGUGCGAGGAGGAGGUCGACGAUAUUAACACGCAGCCGAGCAUUGUGGAUCCCUGUUGUGCCUGCGAUGAGGCCAAAUACGAGCUCACCUUUGAGGGCAAGUGGUCACGUCACACGCAUCCUAAGGAUUUCCCGGCCAACAGCUGGCGCACACGCUUCAGCGACAUCAUCGGCGCCUCGCACACCAUCGACUAUCGCUUCUGGCAGUAUGGUGAACUGGCCAGCGAGGGAUUACGCGAGGUGGCCGAGCAUGGCUCCACACGCACCCUGGAGAGUGAGCUGAAGGAUCAAAGCGAGCACAUAAGAACCAUCAUUAAGGCGCGUGGCAUUGCCUUUCCAAAUGUGACAGGCAAAACAUUUGCAGUAUUUCGCGUCGACUCGAAUCAUCAUCUUAUCUCUUUGGUAUCCAUGGUGGAUCCCUCUCCCGAUUGGAUUGUAGGCGUCUCUGGACUGGAACUGUGUCUGCCUAACUGCUCUUGGGUGGAGAACAAGGUGCACAAUCUGUAUCCUUGGGAUGCAGGCACUGAUAGUGGUCCAUCCUACAUGUCCGCCGACCAGCCUCAAGUGCCACCAGAUGUCGUUCGACGCAUCAAGUCAAAUUUUCCCAAUGAUCCACGUUCGCCCUUCUAUGAUCAGAAUGGCGCAGAAAUGAAGCCCCUGGCAACAUUGCACAUCAACAGGCGUCGUCUUUAUGAGAAGAACUGCGAUACAGCCGAUUCUGAACAACUGCCUUCGGAGUGCGCCACUACAGCAUGGAGUCGUUGGGAUGAGUGCAGCUCUAAGUGUGGACCAGGCAAACAAUAUAGAACACGCGAGUUCAAGAAUCCCACGCAAGCAAUGCGCCAAAGAUGCAAUAACGCGCUUCGAGAGGAGAAGAAUUGUAAUGGACGCAAAUGUACAGCGUUCAAUGAGGAGGUUCCGGAAGGAACACAGCCCGAAGCGGAAUUUCAAGGCGGUGAUCCCGAGUGCGGUCUGUCGGAAUUUAGCGAGUGGUCUUCGUGCACCGUCACCUGUGGCACUGGAGAGAUGAUUCGCACUCGCCACUAUCUCAAUCGACGGGCGAAGAAGAAGUGCCAGAAAGCGAGCAAGGUGCGACUCCAGGAGACAAAGGUGUGUGAGGCCAGUGAAUGUGGUGGCGAGAUUACCAACGAAGGUGGCGCCGAGGCUGAGCCAGAGGAGGCGCAACCCGACGGCGGUGAUGAACAGUCCGGCUCCGCUGAGAAGCGUUCGCUAUUUCGCAACUUUAAAAGCUACAGUCAGCACAGCGAGGAUUACAUACCGCCCGUUUGUGGUGUCUCUCCGUGGUCGGAUUUCUCGCCUUGCCUGGGACCAUGUGGAGGGGCUGGGAAGCGGCAACGCUUGCGUAAGGUGUGGAACAACAAUGAGGUAUAUGGCGUGAAGGACCCCAACGAUGAUGGCACUGAUCCCUGUCGCCACAUCAAGCUAAUCGAAGAGGUCAACUGCACGAACCCCAACUGCGACACAAUUGUGCCCCACUUCUGUUACGAGUCACUCGUGGAUAGCCACUGUCGGGACAGUGAUGUGGCCAACUAUUGGUACUACGAUCAUGUGAGCGAUCAGUGCGCCAUUUACUGGUCAGAUCGUUGCGAUCGCAACCAGAACAAGUUCAAGUCCAAGGAGGAGUGCGAUGAAACUUGUCGUCUGCCCCGGCACAAGCAGGAACUGCAGUACGAACGCCUCAGCUCGGAGCAACCACAGCGUGUGGACUGUCUCGUCUCCGAGUGGAUUGUGCACAGCUGCAAUGCCACCUGUGGCGAUGGACUUCAGCUGAAGACACGACGGGUGCUGCGCACUCCCAAAUACGGGGGCAAACCGUGUCCUAAGCAUCUGGUGCGUUGGGAUCGGUGCUAUCAGCGUUGCGAUGACAUGUACUCGGUGAGCGGCUCCUACGGCGAACGGCGACAUGUGCCGGCCAAGCUGCAACCGCUCGAGGCACGUGACGAGUGUCGCUACUCCGAGUGGUCCGCAUGGACGCCGUGCACCGCCAGCUGUGGCGAUAACUCGGUGCGUCAACGAACUCGCACGCUGCUCAACACGGAUCUCAGCUACAAGUGCAAGGAUCGAGUGCGCAUCGAGAAGUGUCUUAUGAUGCCUUGCCAGCUGGAAAACAAUGACGACACCGAUAAAUGGUGACCCAAGGAGUAGUCAUCGCUGUAUAGCAAGGCAAUACAAUUAUAAAUAUAUAAUUAAAUUGUUUAAAUAAACAAAAAUGGUAUUGCAAAACGUAA